AUGGAAGUUGACCCCACGAAUCCGUAUCGGCUGCGGUUGCCGAGGCCAAACUACCUGCCGCACAAUGUUGAUGCCCAUAUCCUAGGGGAUGAAAUCAACAUACCCCUGGACCGGCCUAGCGAUCUGGAGAAUGCGGCAUACCUCAACAAGGUCAAGCGGGCUGCCCACGAUCAUGGCAUCACAAAGCCCAAGGGCUACAACGUCUCGUAUCACUUCAACCCAGACAUGGAGCAGCACCACUUUGGCCAGACACAUCCCAUGAAGCCCUGGCGCCUCACACUUACGAAAAGCCUCGUCACCUCGUACGGCAUGAACUUUGCAAUGGACAACUACAUGGCUCGUGCGGCCACGUUUGAGGAACUCACUUCCUUCCACUCGAGCGACUACGUCGACUUCCUCGCAACGGUGGCCCCGCAGCCUCUUCCCUUGGACGUGGACAACCCCAACCCUGAUCUUAAGUUCAAUCUCGGUGGUAGUGACUGUCCACUAUUUGAGGGUCUCUACAACUACUGCUCCAUGUCCGCAGGCGCCUCGCUCGACGCCGCGCGCAAGAUUACGUCCAAGCAGUCGGAUAUCGCCGUUGCCUGGGGCGGAGGCCUGCACCACGCCAAGAGAACCGAGGCGUCUGGGUUCUGUUAUAUCAACGAUAUCGUCAUUGCCAUAUUACAGCUUCUCCGGUGCUACCCUCGGGUGCUGUACAUCGACAUUGAUGUGCACCACGGUGACGGUGUCGAGGAGGCUUUCUUCUCAACCGAUCGCGUCAUGACGGUGUCUUUCCACAAGUACGACCCGUUGAAUUUCUUCCCCGGCACGGGCGCGCUGGACGACAACGGACCCCAGAGCGAGCACAACCCGGGCGCGCAUCAUGCGAUCAACGUACCGCUGAACGAUGGCAUCACCGAUGAGCAGUACGAGUCGCUGUUCAAGCGAAUCAUCUCGAAAUGUGUCGAAAAGUUCAGGCCCAGUGCCAUUGCCCUGCAGUGCGGCGCUGACUCGCUCGCCGGUGACCGGCUCGGCAAGUUCAACUUGCUGGUCGAGGGCCAUGCCUCGUGCGUCGAGUUCUGCAAGAGCCUAAACAUCCCGCUCAUUCUGUUCGGCGGUGGCGGGUACACACCGCGCAACGUCGCUCGCGCGUGGGCUUACGAGACAGCCGUCGCCAUCGGCCACCAGCACAACAUUUCACCCACAAUUCCAGCCCACACACCCUGGCGUGAGCGCUUCCGCCACGAGGCGCUGUGCCCGACGCUCGAGGAGAUUCUGGGAGAGCCUCGCCAGAACCGGAACCCGCCCAAGAAGCUCGACGAGAUUGUUCGGCAUGUGACUGAGCAGCUGCGGUUCGUUGGGCAGGCGCCGAGCGUGCAGUACCAGACUAUCCCACCCGAUCUAGGACCCAUUCGGGACGAGGUUGAGGCGAGGAUAAAAGAAGAGUACGAGGAUCAGGACGAGAUUGGGCGCAAGAUGAGGGAGGAGGGCAUGGGCGACCGGAUGGAGCUGUGA